AUGCAUAACCUUUUCCUUGGGAUCCUUCGCCACCACUGCAUCUCGAUCUGGGAUCUCAAGUCUGCGGAGCGGCGGAAAGACAAGGCUUCGACUAAGUCUGCUCACACACCCGAGCAGCAAGAGAAAAUUCUUCGUUCUAUCCGCAAGGCGGUUGAUGAGAAACAUUUAUCAACACUUACCAGUGUAAGGAAGGACUACUUAUUGGCCGUCGCCGCUCAUAACAAGAUACCCGAGUCUGGAGUCAAACUGAGCAAGGCGGAUGUUGCGCGAUCUAUCUACGAUUGGGUUCACGUCAACCGUAAUGUAUUGAAUCUCCCGACUGCGAUGAACCGCUCUACUGUCGAAUUCCAAGUCGAACCCCAAUACUGCCACGACUCCCGCUCGGCCCUCUUCAGUAACGACGUUCUCCAGGCGGUUCGACGGGGUAUCGACACGAUCUCUCUUCCUUCAUGGGUUGAGAAGCCACCGUCAAACCUCGGUGACCCUGCGGCCGGCAAGUUGAAGGCGGACCAUUGGCGCACCAUAUCGACAAUACACAUGACAAUAGUGCUACCUGCACUCUGGGGUACAUCCUCGGCUACUAGCUCGGAGAGGGAAGCUUUGAAGAAUUUCUCGCAUCUCGUUGCUGCAGUGGAUCUGGCAUCUCGUCGGGUCAUGACGAAAGCUCGUGCUGAAAAGUCUCACGAGUAUACGGUGUUGUAUCUUUCCGGAUUACGCUCUCUCUAUCGCGCCGAUCUUGUCCCCAACCACCACUUGUGUCUGCACCUGAAGGACUUCUUGUGCCGAUUUGGCCCACCCCGCGCAUGGUGGGCAUUCGUGUUCGAACGUCAGAUUGGAAAUCUUGAGGGUAUAAAUACUAACGGCAAGGCAGAAGACAUACCAACGACAUAUGUUCGCACAUUUUACACGAGUGCCAGAGCGCGCGAUUUAUUCGCAUCUACAAAAUGGCCAGACGAGGACGCUUUCACCAAGAUGAUGCAGUCUCAUUUGAAGACCUCUGAAGAUCAGGCUCGCGGCUCGCGUAUCGUCGACGGAUUAUCAGGAGACACAGUCUCAAAAAUCGCCCUAUGGGAAAUACCCGCUCGUACGCCACGCACCCAAAAGCGUCUCGAAGGCACAACGUACGAUUACAUUCUCAAGGAAAUAAACAAUCACUCGAAGAUCAAGUACUGUUCUCCUGACGACCACCACGUGAUGUCUCCAAGGGUCUUCUUGCCCAGCACCGCCAAUUUCGUCAAUCGGAUGUCUCUGCGUGGAAUUCUCUACACUACCAGGGAUUCAGGAAGACAGAACUCGUUGGUGCUGUUCCGAAAACGUGGAUCCACAGCCCCGUCGGCAGGACGAAUUGAGAACAUCUUCGAACACUCCAGAUAUGAGAAAGGCGAGGUUGCUACUGAACUAUUCAUUGAAGUGGGCGAAUUCGAGCCACUAUGUGCUACGGAUGAGAGGCAUGAUCCGUAUCGCCGAUAUCCCGACAUUCAAACAUGGCUGGUCUACAACAAUGUCUUCAAAACUCAUAUUAUGUGUCCCACCGACGUUAUUGCCCACUUCGCCUCAUGCGAAUGGAAGCCUCGCGAAAUUGAAAGAUCUUGCCUUGUGGUACGAUCCCUUGACCGCGUAAGUCCUCUUCAUGCAAUUGAUAUUCUCAGUUGA